GUUUUGCUUCUUACCUCUCAUCUUCCACCUUCUCCCUCUAACGAUCUAUCCACUUUCUUUUCUUCACGUACUCAGUGAGUAUUUUGCUUCCUGUUCCCUUGCAGCGCAGUUUGGAGUCGUUCAAGCGAGUCAUCUUGUGUCGUUGUAUGCGCAAAAGCGAAAGGAGAUCGAUAUCUAGGCGACACAAGCGACUCAUCUGGCGGUGCCGACCUGCGCUUUGUCCUUGAUCUUGUCUCCCACGGUCAUUCUUACUGACUGUUCUCGCCUGCAGACGUCCAAAAACUAAAAUGGGAAAGGAAAAGACCCACGUUAACGUCGUCGUCAUCGGACACGUCGAUUCUGGCAAGUCUACCACCACUGGACACUUGAUCUACAAGUGCGGUGGUAUCGACAAGCGUACCAUUGAAAAGUUCGAGAAGGAGGCUGCUGAGCUCGGUAAGGGCUCCUUCAAAUAUGCCUGGGUUCUCGACAAGCUGAAGGCUGAGCGUGAGCGUGGUAUCACCAUCGAUAUCGCCCUCUGGAAGUUCGAGACUCCCAAGUAUAUGGUUACUGUUAUCGAUGCCCCAGGUCAUCGUGACUUCAUCAAGAAUAUGAUCACCGGUACCUCCCAGGCCGACUGCGCCAUUCUCGUCAUUGCCGCCGGUACUGGUGAGUUCGAGGCCGGUAUUUCCAAGGACGGCCAGACUCGCGAGCACGCUCUUCUUGCCUUCACCCUCGGUGUCAGGCAGCUCAUCGUCGCCAUCAACAAGAUGGAUACCACCAAGUGGAGCGAGGACCGUUACAAUGAAAUCGUUAAGGAAACCUCCACGUUCAUCAAGAAAGUCGGCUACAACCCCAAGGCUGUUCCUUUCGUCCCCAUCUCUGGCUGGCACGGUGACAACAUGUUGGAGGAGUCUCCCAACAUGACAUGGUACAAGGGUUGGACCAAGGAGACCAAGGCUGGUGUCGUCAAGGGCAAGACCCUGCUCGACGCCAUUGAUGCCAUCGAGCCCCCCGUUCGUCCCUCUGACAAGCCCCUUCGUCUUCCUCUCCAGGAUGUCUACAAGAUUGGCGGUAUCGGUACGGUGCCCGUCGGUCGUGUCGAGACUGGUAUCAUCAAGGCUGGCAUGGUUGUUACCUUCGCUCCCAGCAACGUGACCACUGAAGUCAAGUCCGUCGAAAUGCACCACGAGCAGCUCGAGCAGGGUAACCCUGGUGACAACGUCGGCUUCAACGUCAAGAACGUUUCCGUCAAGGAUAUCCGUCGUGGUAACGUUGCCUCCGACUCUAAGAACGACCCUGCCAAAGAGGCUGCUUCGUUCAAUGCCCAAGUCAUUAUCCUCAACCACCCUGGUCAGAUCGGCGCCGGUUACGCACCCGUCUUGGAUUGCCACACCGCUCACAUUGCCUGCAAGUUCGCCGAGCUCAUUGAGAAAAUUGAUCGUCGUACCGGAAAGUCCAUCGAGGCGAACCCGAAGUUCGUCAAAUCUGGUGAUGCUUGCAUUGCGAAGCUUGUUCCCAGCAAGCCCAUGUGUGUUGAGUCCUACAAUGAGUACCCUCCUCUCGGUCGUUUCGCCGUCCGUGACAUGAGACAGACCGUUGCUGUCGGUAUCAUUAAGUCCGUUGACAAGACUGACAAGACUGGCGGCAAAGUCACCAAGUCUGCGGAGAAGGCUGGCAAGAAGAAGUAAACUGCUUAGAUGUAAUCUUUUCGUCUCUCUUUCGGUCGCUCUCUCUUGUUUCCUUCACUCUCUCAUCACGCAUGGUAUUUCUAACGCUGCAAGCUUUGUAACUGUGUCUAUCAUUUUUUUUUGCUGUAUCACAAUAACGAAUUCGCCGGCAGGUGUCGCUUCGAGAUCGCGGGCUUGUCGAAUGUUCAUAUAUCGCACAGUAGUUGUUGUCGGGAAUCAGAAGUUGCAUUGUUUGUAUCGUUAUGAUCAUUGAUUUUGUGGGAUUUGAAGAACGAUGGUGAACGGAAGUGAAUUUCAGAUUCUCGCGACUUUUGCGAACAUCGAAUUUAACAAACGUGCUCUGGCUCGCCAAUUUCUCCAACCCU